UGAUGCUGAUGCGAGCGAAUAGUUAACAUCUUCUCAUUUACUCCCUCUGGCGCCACACGUCCAUGUGCGGCUCUGCUCUGCUCAUUCUUCUCUAUUUCUCUCUCUCUUUGCCCCCAACGUACAAUAUAAUCUUCGCUUUUUUUUUAGAAAGCUUAUUUUCUAUCAUUCUUUUUAUUUUAUUUUUAUCCCUAAAAUGCAAUCAAUGGAGGCAUGCGUUUGAUAUUUUUCUAUUGUGUUUGGAAUUAUGUGAAUGGGCUGCAGUUGCUGCUCGAAGAUCUUUCGUCGAGCACUUUUUACUCGAAUUGAGGUUUUAAUUCACGUCUCAUCUUGAACGUAAGACCCUCUUUUCUUAAGAUAAGUCACGCCUCGAGUCUACAACUUGAUUGGAUUGUGCGAGUUUAUGUUAGUUGUUUGUAUUGUUUGAACUGUCAAAUCAAGAAGAGCACCGCUGCGCGCGCGCAUCACCGCUGUACAGCGCGCGCGCAUCACCGCUGCUCCAUGGAGACUUGAGUCGCGCGCACCGAGCUCAUUCACUGUGAAUUACACCGAACUACAGCAAGUCAACAGCGAGUGUCCACUGGAAUCCACACACCGUCUUUGUACAAAGUUGCGUGUCAUAUUUCACAGGAGCUACAACAAAAUGAACCUCUGUUAACGUACAUUUGUCUGUCAGAGCAGAGGUUUAUUGAUCGUCAACUCUGUGACUGGAGGACACAGUUACCACUACACUUCCACCAUGCUUCAUUUGCGCCUUCCGUCAACUCCUUGCCUUUCCUCUCUCCUCCUCCUGAUCUUCCUCUCGGGCCUCACUCAUCUCUCUCGGGCCAGUGUCGACACAUCCCACAGCACUAUAGGAAACUGUUCAGGGGAGGACAGCUGCUCUGAGGGCGUCGUCCUGCCGGUGUGGAACCCCCAGAACCCCUCGGUGGGCGACAAGGUGGCACGUGCCAUUGUCUACUUUGUGGCCCUCAUCUACAUGUUCUUGGGCAUGUCCAUCAUCGCAGACCGGUUCAUGUCAUCCAUCGAGGUGAUCACGUCUCAAGAGAAAGAGAUAACAAUCAAGAAACCCAACGGCGAGACCACCACAGCAACCGUGCGCAUCUGGAACGAGACCGUGUCCAACUUGACCCUCAUGGCGUUGGGAUCGUCGGCACCUGAGAUCCUGUUAUCCGUGAUUGAGGUCUGCGGACACAAGUUUGAGGCUGGUAACCUGGGCCCGAGCACAAUUGUGGGCAGCGCUGCCUUCAACAUGUUUAUUAUCAUCGCCAUCUGCGUUUACGUGGUCCCGGACGGUGAGGUGCGAAAAAUCAAGCACUUGAGGGUCUUCUUUGUGACGGCAGCCUGGAGCGUUUUCGCCUACAUUUGGCUGUACUUGAUCCUGUCCGUCUUCUCUCCCGGUGUGGUGGAAGUCUGGGAGGCCGUCCUUACGUUUCUCUUCUUUCCGAUCUGCGUGCUUCAGGCCUGGAUCGCAGACCGCCGCUUGCUCUUUUACAAAUACGUCCACAAGCGCUACCGCGCCGACAAGAACCGUGGCAUCAUCAUUGAGACGGAGGGUGACGGCAUGUUCAGCAAGAUGGAUAUGGAGAUGGAUGGUCAGGGUGCCAAUUCCCACCACAAGGAGUCACUUGAUGGCAUGCUGGCUGGUGUGGAGGAAGGAGGUGGUGGAGGAGAGGAAGAGGAGGCCAGGAGGGAGAUGGCUCGUACGUUGAAGGAUCUCAAGCAGAGACACCCGGAGAAGGACAUGGAGCAGCUGAUUGAGAUGGCAAACUACCAAGUGCUGGUGCAACAGCAGAAGAGUCGAGCUUUCUAUCGCAUCCAGGCCACUCGCAUGAUGAUCGGAGCGGGGAACAUCCUGAAGAAGCAUGCUGCAGACCAGGCCAGGAAGGUGGUGAGCUGCCAUGAGGCUAAUCCCCAGGAAGAGGACCCUCACACCAUCUACCUGGAGUUUGAGCCGUCCCAUUAUCAAUGCUUUGAGAACUGCGGCUCCUUAAAGCUCUCCGUGACCCGACAUGGUGGAGACAGUGGCUGCACUGUUAAGGUUGACUAUCGCACAGAGGAUGGCACUGCUAACGCAGGAUCAGAUUAUGAAUUCGCUGAGGGCACUCUGGUCUUCAAACCGGGCGAGACGGUGAAGGAGCUGACAGUCGGUGUGAUUGACGAUGACAUAUUCGAGGAAGAUGAGCAUUUCUACGUACAUCUCAGCAACCCUCGAGUUGUCCACCGUGCCGAGGUCUCCAUCCUUGACCCUAAUGCGGUGUCUGCAGGCAACAGCAUCACAGCGUCCAGCCAUGUUCCUCCCAAAGCUGCCUUGGGUAACUCGCACACUGCCACGGUGACCAUUUACGAUGAUGACCACGCGGGUAUCUUUACGUUCGAGAACAAUGCCACACGAGUGAGUGAAAGCGUGGGCAUCAUGCAGGUGAAGGUGCACAGAACAUCUGGAGCGAGGGGGAAGGUGGCAGUACCGUACCACACUACAGAGGGUACCGCCAAAGCUGGAGAAGACUAUGAAGAGGUGGCUGGCAAACUGGAGUUCCUCAAUGACGAGACCAUGAAGAUCCUGGAGGUGAAGGUCAUUGACGAUGAGGAGUAUGAGAAGAACAAAACCUUCACCAUCCACCUAGCGGAGCCGGUGCUGUUGGAGAUCGGGCAGAAACAUGGGGACUCUAACGAUAACAAACCGGCUGUGGUGGCUGAGGAAGAGGAGGUGGCCAAGAUGGGGUGCCCGAGUCUGGGAGAGCACACCAAAAUGGAGGUGGUCAUAGAGGAAUCCUAUGAGUUUAAGAAUACUGUCGACAAGCUAAUAAAGAAGACUAACCUGGCGCUGGUGGUGGGCAGCAGUAGCUGGAGAGAACAGUUUGUCAGCGCUGUGACUGUCAGUGCAGGUGACGAUGAUGAGGAGGAGAGCGGGGAGGAACGCUUGCCCUCAUGCUUUGAUUACAUCAUGCACUUCCUGACGGUUUUCUGGAAGGUUCUGUUUGCAUUCGUUCCACCCACGGAGUACUGGAACGGCUGGGCCUGCUUUAUUGUCUCCAUCACGCUCAUCGGGGCCCUAACUGCUCUCACUGGAGAUCUGGCUUCUCACUUUGGUUGUACAGUUGGCCUGAAGGACUCAGUCACAGCUGUGGUGUUUGUGGCCCUGGGUACAUCUGUGCCUGACACAUUUGCCAGCAAGGUGGCAGCCAUCCAGGACCAAUACGCCGACGCAUCCAUUGGAAAUGUGACGGGUAGUAAUGCAGUUAACGUCUUCCUGGGUAUCGGAGUGGCGUGGACCAUCGCUGCCGUGUACUGGAACAGUCAAGGCAAACAAUUCAUGGUCCCGCCCGGGUCGCUGGCGUUCUCCGUCACCCUCUUCACCAUCAUGGCACUGCUGUGUGUUGUGACUCUACUGUACCGCCGCCGGCCCACUGUAUCUGGGGGUGAGCUGGGGGGCCCGCGAACCGCCAAGCUGCUCACCGUGUUCCUUUUCUUCAUGAUGUGGCUCAUCUACAUCAUGCUGUCCUCGCUGGAGGCUUACUGCCAUGUGCCUGGCUUCUGAGAAAGAUCACAAGAAAGAUGUACUCCACUGUACAACCCCCGUCAUUCUUCCUCUCUGCUUUUGUGUAUAUGAGAAGUCAAAAAUUAGUGUUUACAUCUGUUUUUACUGGUAAUUAUCAUCGCUGAAAUUGAACUUGCAUCCUUUCGCUCACACUGAUGUGGAUAUCGAGAUGAGUGUCAGUGAAGGAUCAUAGAGGCUGUGUGGUUUCAUGCACAGCUUCUCUUUAUAGAUGGAUUUCUCUUACAUGGUGUCUGCCACCACCUGGAUAUUCAGACAGCAACACUCUCCAGAACACUCUCCAGAGGGCCCCCUCAGCGCUUUUCUUGCUUCAGUGCUGCUUUUUCCCAAGGAUGGUCCUUUAUUGCCUCACUUAGAUGUUCUCUCAGAAAUCCUCCCAGUCGCAGUCGAUUGACUCGUUCCCACUGCAGAGAUUUGGGAAUGCUUCACACCUCUACCUACCCUUAAGACAUGAACACUCUGUUUCAUGUGUCUUCUCUCACCUGUUUCUGCAGCUCCACAUAGACCUUCACACCACACUAGCACCUUUCAUUUCUCACAACUAUAAUUUCAGCUCAAGUGAUGCGGCGAGGGCUGAGCCUUCCCAAACUGACUCUGCCCCACACACAAUGAUACCUACCUAUACCUACUUUGACCUCUCCCCCAAUAAUAAUUCAACUUCCUGACUACUAACCUUGCCUCGGUGUUUUCUAUACUGCAGAUUUGUCAUCAUUGACCCCGCCCUAGCACUACUUACUGUAUACUGCACUUUUUGACCAAUGGCCCCGUCCCCCACCUCUGACCCUUCCCUAUCACUACAAACACCACACCCUAUUCACUUCUGACUCCACCCACUGACUACACUACCUGUGCAACACCGUUUUCAUCUCUGGCCCCACCCCAAUAUUACCACACCUUAUUUACAUAUGACCCUUCCCCCUACAUGUGAUAUGCCUUCUCCAUCUCUGCUCCACCCCAAACUAUCUAUGCCACAUCUUAUUUACUGUACAUAUGACCCCUCUCCCAACACAACAAACAGCCUAUUCACUCCUCCCUACAUUAUCAAUACCACACAUUUUUGCCUCUCAUCCUGACCCAUCACUAUGUUCACCACACUCUUUCUCAACUUCGACUCAGUCCACAAUUCUUUAGUGUGGGCCCACCCCAAUAUUAUAUAUACCACACCUUGUUUAUAAAUGACCCCUCCCCUGACAACCUACGCUAUCUCACGACCAAUUCAUACGAAUUCGUACGAGUGAUUUAAAAAGUGGCUAAUCCAUACAACCUCACU